UUCUAGCAUGCUUUGUGUGUACAUGUUCCUUAUGGUGGCCCUAAGAAGAGGGGGACUGGGCUCUUUACAAGACAAGCAGACCGACUUUGGCCUGAAGAUCUUCUCCCAGAUGUCCCAAGGUUCUAUGGAUAAGAACUUGGUUUUAUCUCCAUAUGGUGUGACCAGCAUUAUGUCCAUGGCUCAGCUUGGUGCCAACGGCAGCACACGCCAGGCUUUAACUACUGCCAUGGGGUUUUCUCUGAGAGAGCGAGGGAUGCCUUGGCAGCAGCGGCUCAUCCAGAGAAACCUGGACACUGAGGAGGGUGUGGAGAUAGCCAGUGGGGUGAUGGUGGAGAGAAAGAUGAGUCUGGAGAAGGGAUACCUCCGCACCUUGUCCAAGACCUUCCAAACCCACCCCCAUCAGGUGGACUUCACUAAACCAGACCAGGUUGUGAACAUCAUUAAUGCCUGGGUCUCAGACCACACUGGAGGUGCUAUCCCUGAGUUCUUGGCAUCUGGAACUUUAAAUGAUGAAACCCGUUUAGUCCUCCUGAACGCCCUUCACUUCCACUGUUUAUGGAAGGUGCCGUUCGAACCCAGACUUACCCAGGAGAGGAUGUUCCAUUGUGCCAAUGGCAGCACCAUGCCUGUGCUCAUGAUGAGACUCACUAACUACUUCAACUACGGGGAGUUUGUGACGAACGAUGGGGUAGACUACGAUGUGACUGAGGUACCUUAUGAAGGUGACUCACUGAGCAUGUUCCUGGUGUCACCGUUCGAACCUGAAGUCUCCCUGAGUGACCUCAGUGCAGAUCUGAGCAGCCGAAGAAUUCAGCAGUGGAGAUCGACAAUGAGGAAAGUCAAGAGGCAGCUUGCAGUGCCGAAGUUUUCUCUGAACUCUGAGAUGGAUUUGAAGACUGCGCUGGUUAACAUGGGACUUGGAGGCAUAUUCAACUUGGCUACUGCUGACUUCACACAUAUAAUCU